AUGCUCGCUCAGCGCCCCUCAUUCCGUUUCGUGGCCAUCGGGGCCGUGGUGUCUCUCUUCGUCCUGGCAUUCCUCGUCCUCGGAACAUCACCCCGCGGACUUUCGUCCAAAUUCAAUAUCAAGACACAAUCACGGCCAGGACACCAGACUUGUGUCCCGCCUUCAAACUCCUCUGCUGGAUGGGAGUUUAUUGUCGAACGAGAUGGCAAUGACCAUGGCCUCUCCGAGGAUCAGUGCCGCAUUGCAUUCCCUAAGUUAUUUGCUGAGAUCGACAAAUCGUCAGCAUUGAAAGAAGAUCAGCGCAUCACAUAUAAGGAGCUGGACUCUCGUGCAGUUGAUGAUGGUAUGGUGCGGGCAAUCAUCGACCGGGGACAGUUAUACAUUGUCGACUAUGCGCCCAUGCCCGUCACAGCAUCCCGCGCACGCGCGACCCUCAACUCUCUUCACCGUGCGCUAGCAGCCUUCCCAAACCGGCAUAACCUACCCAGCAUCGAGUUCACUUUCACAACGGAGGAUUUUGCAGAAGAUACCCAAAGCGCCAGUCCCAUCUGGGCCUACUCAAAGCGCGACUCGGACACAUCAGUCUGGCUGAUGCCUGACUUUGGAUACUGGGCCUGGCCCGAAGUGCAGAUCGGCCCGUACCAUGAAGUCCGGCGUCACAUCGCAGCCAUUGACGAUGGAGAGACUACCCCAGACGGUAAUUUCACCCCGGGCCUGGAGUUCCAGGAUAAGAAGAAGCAGCUCGUUUGGCGCGGCAGUCUGGCUACGAACCCACCCGUGCGAAGCAAAUUGCUCAAGUCCGCGCUGGGCCGUAGUUGGGCCAGCGUGCGUGUUAUUGAUUGGGACGACGAGACUGAUCUUCGAUACAACUUGUUGCCCAUUGAAGAUCAUUGCCGGUACAUGUUCGUCGCGCACACCGAAGGAAGAAGCUUCUCAGGUCGUGGAAAGUACCUGUUGAACUGCCGCUCGGUGAUGGUUUCGCAUGCGCUGGAAUGGCGAGAAGCUCAUCAUGCAGCGCUCGUUUCCUCCGGCCCGGAUGCGAAUUACGUGGAGGUUGACCGUGAAUGGAACGACCUCGCGAAGAAGAUCGAUUAUCUGAUUGAUAAUCCCGAGGUUGCAGAGCGGAUCGCCAACAAUGCUGUGCGCACUUUCCGUGACCGAUAUCUCACUCCUGCUGCGGAGUCUUGCUAUUGGCGCCAGUUGAUCCGACAGUACGCUGCGUCUUGUGAUUUUGAUCCGGUGUUGUUUUCCACAGGCCGUGAUGGCAGGACUCACGCUCGAGCCACCCCCUACGAUACCUGGAUUCUGAUGCAUUGA